AAACGAUGUAGGAAAAGUUUAAUGUCGUGGUGUAGGUUGUAAGUGGUUGUUGGACGUAUUUUUGUUUAAUAUCAUGGGUAUAAGUUGACAAAACAGCCUAAAAAGUGAAAACAUUUCAGCGAUGUUAAAGAUUACUAGACUACGUUAAGUGUUUUAGUGAAGGAAAUUGCCUGUUUUUGUGAAAUGCACUUUGUGUUUUGUGCGCCAGUCAUUGUAGAAGAAGCUUAUUGAAAGACUUUACCGAUGAACGAGCCGGAGGUGGACGGUGAGCGGUGUCGCAUGCAGAUGCCGUGAGCUCUAGCAGCAGGAGCGCACGACGUCGCCGUGAUGAGCACAACCCGUCAUAAUGCGUCGGCGGCCACUUUAAACCGGGAACGGACGCGUUUGUCGGCUCGAGAUGGCCGUCAUUCGCGGCGCACGUGCACCUACACAUCCCGCGUACGCGCAGACUCGUUCACCACUGCGACACUAUGAAAUGUGGAAGCACGGCAAGUGGCGACAGAAAACGGCACCACCAAGGACAUACGCAGACGUUAGGGUACCGAGAUAGAGACAUUGUAUAGUGAUUUCAGUUAGAGGCCUAAGUGUUACUGCUGUGUGUAAAUAUAGUGGUGUGUAGAUGUUAAGGAUGAUGGGUGAAGGUCGUGGUGCGCGCGCGCCUCUGCUCGAGGCGGGCGGCGGUGGAGCCGGUGGAGGGUUUACGCACGCUCGCGUCACGCCCGUGUCUCGGUGCUGCUUCUGGCUGGCCAGUCAUGUCAACGUCAAAAAGUGCGUCGCUGCGGUCAUGCUGCUGUCCAUCUUCACCAUAUUUAUCUAUUCAUAUUAUGUUACGGCACCUAUUUCAAGUUUGGUGUGGCGCGACCGAGUGCCGCGACCGCUGUCGCAGUGCUCGCUGCUCGCGUCGCAGCAGCAGGCGGCGCGCGAUCACCGCUCAGACGCGCGCCUGCGCAUCGACGCCAAAGUGCUCGUCAUAGUCGAAUCGGCGUACUCGCGCCUCGGCCGUGACAUUGCCGAACUGCUUGUCGCCAACCGUAUACGGUACAAAUUGGAGGUGGCUGGCAAAAGUCUGCCAGUGUUGACCACCCUGGACAAAGGUCGGUACGGGGUCAUCGUGUUCGAGUCGCUGUCCAAGUACGCCAACAUGGACAAGUGGAAUCGCGAGCUGCUCGACAAAUACUGUCGCGAGUACUCGGUCGGGGUGGUGGGGUUCGCCACGCCCAGCGAGGAGACCCUAGUCGGAGCUCAACUCAAAGGAUCUCCACUCUUCAUGCAUACUAAUUUAAGACUGAAGGACGCAACACUUAAUUCAGCGUCGCCGGUGCUGCGACUGUCUCGUGCCGGCGAGACCGCGUGGGGGCCGCUGCCCGGCGACCACUGGGCGGUGUUCAGAGCCAACAGUUCCACCUAUGAGCCGGUCGCCUGGGCUCUAAGGCAGAACGAGUAUGGAUCUGACGAGGAACGCAUGCCACUGGCAACGGUGGUACAAGACCACGGGCGUUUGGACGGCGUCCAACGCGUGCUGUUUGGCGGCGGGCUGCAGUUCUGGUUGCACCGGUUGCUUUUCCUGGACGCGCUCAGCUACCUCAGUCAUGGUCAACUCAGCUUAAGUCUCGAUAGGUGGAUACUUGUCGAUAUUGAUGAUAUAUUCGUCGGUGAGAGAGGUACCCGCCUUCACGAAGAGGACGUGGCGGCUUUGCUGGCGUCACAAGCGGCGCUGCAGCGGCUCGUCUCAGGGUUCAGGUUCAAUCUCGGCUUCAGCGCGAAGUACUACCACCACGGCACGCAGCUUGAGAACAGAGGCGACGACUCGCUGUUGAAACAUAAGGAUCAUUUUACAUGGUUCUGUCACAUGUGGAAUCAUCAACAACCACACUUGUACAACAACGUGACGCACCUGGAGGCCGAGAUGAUGUUGAACAAGCAAUUCGCGAUCGAGCACGGCAUCCCGACCAACUCGAGCUACUCCGUGUCGCCGCACCACUCGGGCGUGUAUCCUGUGCACGAGCCACUGUACGAAGCCUGGAGGAAGGUGUGGGACGUGAAGGUCACCAGCACUGAGGAGUAUCCGCAUCUGAGGCCGGCCAGACUCCGUCGGGGCUUUCGUCACAAGGGUGUGAUGGUGCUGCCGCGGCAGACGUGCGGCCUGUUCACGCACACGCUGCUGCUGGAGCGGUAUCCGGGCGGCAGACACCGGCUCGACCGCUCCAUACAGGGCGGCGAGCUGUUCCAGACUGUCAUCAAUAAUCCCAUCAACGUGUUCAUGACUCACAUGUCGAACUACGGCAACGACCGCCUCGCGCUGUACACGUUCGAGUCGGUGGUGAAGUUCCUGCGGUGCUGGACCAACGUGCGGCUCGCGUCCGCGCCUCCCCUGGCGCUCGCCGAGAAGUACUUCCAGCUGCGGCCCGACGAACUCAACCCGCUGUGGGGGAACCCGUGUGACGACAUCCGUCACAGGCGCAUCUGGUCCAAGAGCAAGUGGUGCGGCACGCUGCCCAAGGUGCUGGUGAUCGGGCCGCAGAAGACCGGCAGCACGGCGCUGUACACCUUCCUGGCGAUGCAUCCGUCGCUGGCGCCGAACUUGCCCAGCCCUACCACCUACGAAGAGCUCCAGUUCUUCAACAAUAAUAAUUAUUUGAAGGGGCUGGAUUGGUACCUGAACUUCUUCCCGCCAAGUUUAACGAACACAACUCAAAUCACAUUCGAGAAGUCCGCCACGUACUUCGACGGGGACUUGGUGCCGCGACGUGCGCACGCGCUCCUGCCCAACGCGAAGAUCAUCGCCAUACUUAUAUCUCCGUCGAAACGGGCGUACUCUUGGUACCAACACAUUCGGUCGCACGGUGACCCCGUCGCCAACAACUACACAUUCCACACAGUCAUCACGGCGAACGACUCCGCGCCGAAACCUCUCAGGGAUUUGAGGAAUCGGUGCCUGAACCCGGGCAAGUACAGCCACUAUUUGGAGCGGUGGCUGGCGGAGUACAGCGUGCACCAGCUGCACAUCAUCGACGGCUCGCUGCUGCGCUCCGAGCCGGCCACCGUCAUGAACACGCUGCAGAAGUUCCUCAAAAUCACACCGCACAUCGACUACAAUAAAUUGCUCAAGUACGAUCCAAAGAAAGGUUUCUUCUGUCAAGCAGUCGGCAACGAGAAAACCAAAUGUCUCGGCAAAUCCAAGGGUCGCAUAUACCCGCCGAUGGAGGAGCGCUCCUCCAAGUUCCUGAAGCGGUACUACACGCCACACAACACGGCGCUGUCCAAACUCCUCGUGAGGAUCGGCCGGCCCGUCCCGCAGUGGCUCAAAGAUGAACUAUCCUCCAACGGAUAGCAUUACAUACAACCUUUAAGGUUGGAACGAAAGAAAACUACGCGCAGGCUGAUCAAAGUUUGCGUGGUGGCCAUACCUUGACGUGGUCCGAGGAUGGUCGCGGCGACCGGCAGUUGCGAACUGCUGACGUCCAUAUUGUUGUUUACGAAGUGUUUCCAUGUGAGAAUGUGUCUGUUGAUAUAAUAUCUCUGUCUAUACAUUCUUGUAAGAUACGUUAUGAACGAGUGAUAUCGAUGACUCUACGCCGCCCGCUCCGCCGGCCGUGGCGUCCGUUUUAGUUUAAUUUUUUUACUCUCGUAACGUAGAGUGUAGUGUAUCGAGUCUGUGUUCCCAGUGAAACUGAUACAAUUUCGACUUUGCUUGCCCGACGUGAGGGUUGGUGUUUGCCUGAAGCGUUCACGUGUCGUAUACCACCUUGUAAUCUAGCAUCACAUUAAGUACAUCACGACGAACUCCGAUGGGAAACUGUGUGAUAACUCGCGAGUGUAGUCGCGUUACGUGGAGCGGCGCACUGUAUAGUGCCAGUGUGCGCGUCCGAAGUUGGUGACGUGAGGCGCGCGGCGGCCGUGGUGCCGAGUGUCACGGAGUGUGUCGGAGUGUCGCGGAGUGUCUCGGAGUGUCUCGGAGUGUCACGGAGUGUCUCGGAGUGUGGCGGUCGGCGGGGCCACCUCCCGUCGGUUUAGGUGCUAUUCGUUAGUAGUUUCGUCGAUCUGUUCGUUAUUAGUUGGUAUGGUUUUGUUUCGUGACGUCCAAGUUGCCGGGCGAAGUUUUCUUGCCUGCCGCGAGCGAACGCGUUCGCCCCGACGUUGAAAUUGUUUCAAACAUCUCAUUCCAAUAUAUUGCCGACCAUCGUUACACGCUUAUUUUAUUAUGUUUUGUUUUUAUAACAAUGUAAGUACCUGAUGCAAUGUGUAAUGUAGUUAAUUUUGUACAUUUCGUACUGAUAUAGCAUUGAUGUAAACAUUGGUUAGUGUGCCAUACGCGACGCGCGGCACCGGUGUUGUUUACUAUUGUACCGUAAUUUAAAAGUUCAUUUAUGUGAAUGGAACAAAGUGCUAGUCUGUUUGAACACGUUUAGUUUGUAAUAACGAGCGGCAAUGUUUCUGGAACAUUUGCAUCUCCAAGUACACGAACAAGUACACAAUCGUUUGUCAUGUUUUCGUUCAGUUAACCGUUAAGCCUUAAUAUGAAUAUACAAUACGUAUUGAAUAUGACGUUAUACAUAAACGAACCUAUAUCAAUGACGACGCAAUCAAUGUAUUUGCUAUAUUUUUUAUAUAAAUCAUUUAUUGGCGAAACACCGUUUAGGGGACUGGUUUUGUAAAA